AUGACGAAGGGAAGCUUCAACCUUGGAGUUGUGUGUGGAAUUCUUCUAGUUUUCGUAGUUUCGGCGUAUUUUACGAUGAUAAAUCAAGAGAGCUUUUUAAGAAGUCCAGAAUAUGUUCAAAAACGAGAUAUUGAAAUGGAAGCGAGCAGAACAAAUUCUAGCGAUUUUCUCAGCCGGAGAAAUGACGAGCGAGUGAAUCUGCUUAGAAAAGGUUGCAACUUGGACCAAAGCAUUUUCCGGGAAUCGAAAAACAUGGACUUCGAUGAACUGCGAAAAAUUCAGGUGGAACUGCUCGCCACGUCAGAGAAAAUUGAAAGCGGCGCUAAACUGACGUUCGUUGAAAACAGAAAACAGCUUUACGACCUUUUUGACUUGAAGAACAACGAUCUCCUUACUUGUCUACCCCCGAAGACCGGCACCACAAACUGGCAACGAUACUUUGCCGCGCUGCUCUAUCCGGAACGCGAGCCGGAGAGUUUUGGAACUGACGAAAUCUUCAAAGUUUUGCCUCGCUUCAAGACGAAAAAUGAAAUAGUCGACCAGGCGAAAAUCCACAGCGUAGAAAUGCGAAUGAUCAACGUUCGCCACCCAUUUGCCCGAAUUCUUUCCGCCUGGCGACAAAAAUUUGGAAAGGAUUUUUGGAACUUGGACAUGUACGUCAGAAAAUAUGGAAAGAGCAUUUCGAAGUUCGAGGAGAUCAAUUACGAGAAUGAAAAUGUCUUUUCUUUCCGAGCGUUUUUGGAGUACAUCGUCGCUGUCGCCGAAAUCAAUCAGUUUGACUAUCACUGGAAAACGAUGGACUUUGAGUGCUCGCCUUGCUUCGUGGACUACACGAUCGUGACGAAGCAGGAGACUUCUGCGACGGACGCCAAAUUCGUUACCGAACGCGCUCAUCUCCAAGGGCUGACCCACUUGCCGGGGCAGUAUUCUGACUCGCCACUUCUGAGCUCUGGCCUGAUCGACUUCUACCGAGACAUCCCAGAAGAUAUCAUCAAGAAGCUUUACAAAAUCUACUUUGUGGACUUUUUAUUAUUUGGCUAUUCGAUCGACGAGUUUCUAACUUAUCAAAAAGUCUGCUUCAAUUUAUCCCCUCAAGUCGCCAGUUCACGAGUAAAGCGAUUUCGUGAGGAGCUUCCUUAUUGGGGAUGGUUCGACUCGUCGUUGCUCUGUUGCCUGGGAUGGGAAUCUGACGAAGAUGAUGAGGACUAUGACAGUGACGAGUCACCUGAUGAUUUCGAAGAAGUCUACCAAAUGCUCCCAACAAUUUCAGAAACAGUCGCCUGA